AUGAAAAAACUGCUUGGCGUUGGAGGCAACAAAGGCUCCACCGUGAGUCCAGCAUCAUCACCGAAUACUUUAUCACCCAUGAUAUCAUCAUCAUCAUCCCAACCAUCACCGAUAAAUGAUUCUGGUAGCCCGAAGGUUGAUCCAUCCUCAGCAGCUGCUCAAAUUCAAUCUCAUAUCAAUUCAGGUGAUGAUUUCAUUUUAGCCUCGUUGGUCGAGUCUGGUUUCAUCACUGGUAGUAUAAAAACUGUCUAUGAAAGAGGAAAGGAAGAUUCAUUUUACAACUCAUUGGAUGUGUUUCUUGAAAAGCAAAAAACUGAAAUUGAACAUAUCUGCAGCGAGAAUUAUGAAGAAUUUCUCAAGUCCGUGAGUCAGCUGAAAAGUGUUCGGAGUGAUGGUAAAACCUUGAAAAAGAAAAUAAUUUCUCUCAAUGAAGAUGUUCAAAAAGCAGGAAGAGAGGCUCUUGAAUGUGGUAAACAACUGGUCAUGUAUCACAACAUUGCUGACAAUAUUCAGUCGGCUAUGCAAGUUGUUGAUUUAUGCAAACAUGUUUCUACGCUUGCUUCCAAGGUACAUACACAGAUCCAGGAGCAAAAAUAUUUCUCUGCAUUGAAGACUCUCGAUAAUUUGGAGAAAUCGGUACGAACUGUGCAUUUGUUUAGCUUUGCUCAAUAUCUGGAAAAACAAAUUCCAAUAUUCAGGAAAAAAAUUAAACAGAAUGUAGAACGAGAUUUUAACCAAUGGCUGGUUAAUGUGAAAAAUAAGAGCCAAGAAAUUGGAAGGUCAAUGAUUGAAAAGCAAUUUAAACUGAUGGCCAAUAACGUGAAUGUUAAAUAUAAUGAUUUUGUGACAAGCAAUGAGUUCAACUUUACAUUUCCCAACGUAGAUAUUAUCAAUGACAGUGUCACAGUAUUUGACGUUUUGGCACAACACAAAGUAGAAUUAACUCCAGUAUAUACUUGUAAACAUAUUUAUGAAUCUAUGGACUCUUAUGAACAAUUUAAAGGUUACUACAAGAGAAAUAGAGCUAUUCAAUUGAAUCAUGAGAUUACUCAUCCUCCCCAGCUGGAAACAGACAAAAAAUCCUCCAAAGACACAUCCAUCUAUCCUGCAACGAUCCAAGAAUGGCUUGAAAGAUUAAUAGGCUUCUUCACAGUGGAGUCGGUCACUCUUAAAACAACAUCUUCUCUCUUGUCAAAUAUUGAGUUGAAUGCCAUGUGGGAACAAUCUCUUCAGCAAAUUGUCACAACUGUUGAUGAACAUUUAGCUAUUCGGAUGAACAACCCUAAAGAAUACCUAAAUAUGAAAAAGAUGGUAUUGAUAUUUUCAAUGACAGCCUCCGAACAGCUUGCUCUGCAUACAUCAUUACUAAUAGAUUUAUUGGCUCACUAUAGAAUUGCUUUUUCCAGAUCUAUUGAAUUUACAGCAAUAGAUAACAUUGAAAAAUCGGAUUGUAAAAAACAAUUCACAACUGUCAAGCAAACCCCAGAAAGUAUUGAGCAAAAGAAUUUGAAAAAAUUCAACUUGAUGAACAGUAGCAAUUUAAACGGCAACACUUUGACUUUCCCUUUCUCGGAAAUUGUAGUAGUCACUUGUACUGCAAUUGAAAAUUUCAUACUUGACUAUGAAGUAUAUUGCGAUAGAAUUGUAUCAUACACCACAAGCAUCAAACAGAUGAAGAGUGGAGUUUGCAAGCUCUUUGAAUGUGCUCUCAAAUGUUUAGAUCAGGAAUUGCACAGCUCAUCAUCAUCAGGAGUUGAACGAUAUGUACAAACAGUCCUUAACUACCAAUACAUGAUAGAUGCAGCACUUCCAUAUUUUGAGGAUUUAUAUAGCAGGCGAUGUGGAAAACAAUUGAACACAGCAACCAGCUCUGGAAAUGCCUCUCAAUCAUCAUCCUCAUCUAAAACCGCGUCUUCCUCGGCCACAACAUCAACAAUUUCAAUCACAUACCUCAAGGAUCUACUUAUCCGAAUGCAACAAUGCAAAGAUAGAGGAGAAGACUUAAUUCUCAAAGAGGUUCUUGCAAAAUGUAACAAGCAACUCUCUCAAGCCAAUAAUUUUGUGUUUGCUCCAGAAUAUCAAGCCGAAGGUGUCAUUACUGCUACAUUUGGAUUAGUGACAGAUAACCUAAAGAAUCUUGGUAACAACUUGUUGCUCAACAACAAUCAAUCUCAAAUUGACCCUAAACAAGAAAUGUAUAUCGAACCUCAUCCUUUCAUUAUGGAGCUUAUCAAAAGUUUGAACUCCUUUUAUAAGAGCAUUCAAUAUCUCAAACAAGAAAAGACUGAACAAAUCAUGUUUUCUGCGUGUGACACUAUUGCCAGGUAUUUGAAAGACAUUAUUUCAACUUCAAAAAUAGUGAAUGAAAUUACAAUGAAAGGAAUGAUGCCAAUCUAUAAGGAUGUUCAACAGUUGGUAAAAUUCUGCACCGUGGAUCUGAAUUUAAAGAAUUGUGCAUUAUGUUUUUCUGAAUUGCAUACUGUGUUGCAGUUCUUGAUUGAUGUAGAGCAUUUUAAUGAGGAGGCAUUUGUUGUAUUUGAUGAAGAAACCAAGUCACUUGUCGAGCAUGGAGAGGUGGAAAAGAAAUUAAUCACCAAAUUUGAAAAGGAAGAGUCCAACAGAGACAAGACAACUCUAUUGGUGGCUAUAUUGGCCCAUUUGAAGAUAACACGAACUGAAUUUUUGAAACGAACACACUUGAAAAAACCAAAGAUUACAGACUUGAAGAACUUGUUUAAAAAGUAA